GCGCGGCCCGCGGCUUCACCCGGGCGGGAGCGAUGAGCGACAACGAUGACAUCGAGGUGGAGAGCGACGUGAGUUGGGCCCCCAACCCCGGGACAAUCCCUGGGAUAACCCCCCGUGGCUCUUCGCCACCUUAGGAGUUCUGAGAAUGGGGUAAUGUUUGGUUUGUGUGUGUUCUUCCUUCAUAUGGCGGCGCCCCCCCCACCAUCUUCUUCCUCUUCCUCCUCGGCCGGGUCGGGGCUCCUCAGGAGGAGCAGCCGAGGUUUCAGUCCGCGGCCGACAAACGGGCUCAUCACAAUGCGCUGGAGCGCAAGCGCAGGGACCACAUCAAGGAUAGCUUCCACAGCCUGCGGGAUUCCGUGCCCUCACUCCAAGGAGAGAAGGCAUCCCGGGCCCAAAUCCUGGACAAAGCCACAGAGUACAUCCAGUACAUGCGCCGGAAAAACCACACACACCAGCAGGACAUCGACGACCUCAAGCGGCAGAAUGCGCUGCUGGAGCAGCAAGUGCGUGCGCUGGAGAAGGCCCGAGCCAGCGCCCAGCUCCAGGCCAGCUAUCCCGCAGACAACAGCCUCUACACCAACCCCAAGGGCAGCGCCAUCUCCGCCUUCGAUGGUGGCUCCGACUCCAGCUCCGACUCGGAGCCCGACGAGCCGCAGAACAGGAAGAAGCUGCGCAUGGAGGCCAGUUAGGCCCCUCCGCCGCCCCCCGGCCCGCGGCAGGACUUGCUCCCUCCGCUCCUAGAAGCUCUCGGACUGCAGCUUCCCAGCCUUCCCCGGCCCCUUCCCUGCUCCCACCGCGCCGGCCCCGGGGGGGAGCCGGCCAGGCUGAGCAGAAAGACUUGGGGGGGGUCAGGGAGACUCCCCCGCCAACUCCCCUCUGCUAGUGAUCCCCCUCCCCUUCCCUCCUGGUUUUAUAGGAGCAUUUCUAUUUAUACCCGGGGACCAGUGCAGUCCAGAAUGGGGAGGAGCCGGGCAGCCCCCCCCCCAGAAAAAGGAGCAAGCACUGGGGGCGGAACUCCCUAUUUAUUUUCUCCGUGUGCAACUCCACCUGCCCGAGUCGGCGGAGCACAGAGCCAGGCUUGGAGGCUCCUUCCCCACUCCUCCUUCCCUCCUUUGACCCUUCCCAACCUCCAUGGCAUUUUCCGAACUCCAGUGGCCCGUCCCUGCCCCGUAGGUGCCCCUUUUCCCCCCAUUUUGAUGCCAUUCCAUGGAUCUAAGGUAUGUUGUACAUACUGCCCAGAGAUGUCUUGCAAGUUAAGGCUUCCCUUUACUAUAAGACUAUAAAUAAUAAACAAAAAAAGCCAAAAUUCCACUUAUUUUAUCCUCCCCCAUGGUUACCGCGUGUUCUUGGAAUGGGGGAAGUUGGUGCCACCGGAUCCAGACGUGGCAUCACCUCUUGCUCCACAUCCCCGGGGCCACCAGCACACGGCGGGUGUCACUUCUGAUUUAUUGAUGCCAAAAAAACUGCCAAAGCCCCUGUCCCACCUCAGCCCUGGCCAGGAUGGCAGCGGGACACCAGGCCCGGAGCAGACUGGAUUUUGGUAUUGCUAGCGCCCUGAGCACCUCGCUCUGCCUGGCCAGGCCGCCGUGGGGAUGGGCUGUGCCAGUUACUCCCGGGGCUUGGCACCCCGAGCCAGCAGC